UGUAAUUGCGAAUAUUCUGUUUGCAGGAGCGGAAGAUGACGUGCAUCGCUUCAGAGGCAACGAUACACACACGGACUUCUUCCGGCUGGUGAUGAGGGACGGCGAGUCGCUGCUCGUCGGUGGAAGGAACGUCGUCUACAAUUUAACGUUGUCCGAAUUAACGGAGCAACAAAGAUUGAUUUGGUAUUCGAACGAGCACGACGCCAAAAUGUGCGUGAUGAAGGGAAAAGACGAGGAAAACUGCCAAAACUACAUAAGAAUCAUGGCGAAAACCAACGCGGGAAAACUGCUCCUUUGCGGUACCAACGCCUUCAAGCCCCAAUGCAGGGAGUACAACGUGAUGAAUAAGAAUUACACGCUGGCAAAAGAAAAACCCGGACAGGCCGUUUGCCCAUACGAUCCCCAUCACAACUCCACAGCCAUUUACGUCGACGGAGACUUGUACACGGGCACUGUGGCGGAUUUCAGCGGAAUGGACCCCAUUAUCUACAGGGAACCGCUGCAAACCGAACAAUACGAUUCGAUGAGUCUCAACGCGCCGGAUUUCGUCGGAUCCAUGACCCAGGGGGACUUCGUUUACUUCUUCUUCAGAGAGACGGCCGUCGAAUACAUCAAUUGCGGCAAGGCUGUUUACUCGCGCGUCGCGCGAGUGUGCAAGAACGACAGAGGUGGGCCGCAUCGUUUUCGCAACCGUUGGACGUCUUUCCUCAAAUCAAGAUUGAAUUGUUCAGUCACCGGGGAAUUUCCAUUUUCCUUCAAUGAAAUCCAAUCCGCCACCGAGCUGAUAGACGGCAAGUACGGCGAGGACCAGGCCCAGCUCAUCUACGGCACCUUCACCACGCCGCCCAACAGCAUAUCGGGCAGCGCCGUCUGCGCCUUCAGCCUGCAGGACAUCACCGACACCUUCGAGGGCAACUUCAAGGAGCAGGCGGCCAUCAACUCCAACUGGCUGCCGGUGCUCAGCCAGAAGGUGCCCGAUCCGCGGCCGGGCCAGUGCCAUAACGACAGCAGGACGCUGCCCGAUUUGACUCUGAACUUCAUCAAAACGCACUCGUUGAUGGACGAGAGCGUGCCCAGUUUCUUCGGCCAGCCCAUCGUUAUACGGACCAGCUUUCAUUAUCGUUUCACUCAAAUCGCCGUGGAUCCUCAAGUUAAAGUACCCGGAGGUAAAGCUUACGACGUCCUCUUCAUCGGAACAGAUAAUGGUAAAGUUAUAAAAGCCGUUAACGGUUUAUCGGCUGAUGCAAGGCACGGGGUCCGGCCUGUGGUGGUCGAAGAAAUCCAGGUAUUCCCGAGUCACGCGCCGGUGCGCGGCAUAAAAAUACUGCGAGGCGCCAAAAGUAAAGACGAGUCGCGUCUGAUCGUCGUCUCCGACACCGAAGUACAAUCGCUCAGAGUGCACCGAUGCGAUAGCAACAAGAUAUCGAGCUGCAGCGAAUGCGUGGCCCUCCAGGACCCGUACUGCGCUUGGGACAAGGUCCAGGGCAAGUGCAGGUCGAAGGGAACCGGCAGAUGGGGCGAGGAGAGCUAUUUCUUCCAAAGCGUCGCCACCGGCGAGCACCAGGCCUGUCCUCCGCUCAAGUUGGGCAAAGACGCCGGAUCGGUCGGCGGAUUGAGCUCGAGUUUACCGAAAUACAAUUCGGAGCAUUCGCCCAGCAACGACAAACCCGACGGGCAGGUGAUCAACAUCAUCCAGGAUAAACCCUUCGAGAGCAGCGGUCCGGCGGUAACGGCGGCAGACGCGCUUCCCAACCAAUACUCCGUAGAAACUCUUAUCAUGGCUGUGGUGGCGGGCUCGGUUUCCGCCCUAUUCGUGGGCUUCUUCGCCGGUUAUCUGUGCGGCAGGAAGUGCCACAAGGACGAGGACGACAACCUGCCCUACCCCGACACCGAGUACGAGUACUUCGAGCAGCGCCAGAACAUGAACAGUAACUUCUCCUGCAGCCGGAUAGCGGCCGAGCCGAAGCUGCUGCCGCAGGAGGAGGUGACCUACGCCGAGCCGGUGCUGGUGCCGCAGCCGCCGCCCAAACUGCACUCGCCCAAGAGCACGCUGCGCAAGGGGCCGCACCAGAACAACGCCGAGACGCUCUUCCAGUUCCAGACCGACGGCGGCUACAACGGACGGGACAACUACAGGGGUCGCGACAACUUCGGCACGCUGCGCUCGCACCAGUUGUUGCAGGGCGACAACUACCGCCGCGGCGACGGCUUCGCGACGACGCGCAGCGUCAAGAAGGUGUACCUCUGA